AUGAGCGUCGACGCCGAAAAGAUGAGCUCGAUUGGCAAGCCCAUCAUCGACAAUUCGUCCAGUUCCGACGUCGGCCACGUCGUCGACCCGGAUGCCGGUCUAUCUGAGCUCGAGAAGAAGGCGGCCGAGCGCAAGCUGCUCUGGAAGCUCGACCUUCAGCUCAUCCCCUGGCUCUCGCUCCUCUAUCUGGUCUGCUUCCUCGACCGCACCAACAUCGGCAAUGCCAAAAUCGCCCACCUCGAGCGCGACCUGGGCAUCAAUCCCAAGUCGGAGCAGUACGCGGCCACGCUGACCAUCUUCUUCCUCUCCUACGCCAUCUUCGAGGCCCUGUGCAACUUCCUCCUCAAGCGGCUGCGCCCGUCCAUCUUCAUCCCGUCCAUCAUGAUCCUCUGGGGCGCCUGCAUGCUGGGCAUGGGCUUCGUCAAAAACUUCUCGGGCCUCAUGGCCGCCCGCUGGUGGCUCGGCGUCUGCGAGGCCGGCCUGUUCCCGGGCAUCAACUACUAUCUCAGCUGCUGGUACAAGCGCAACGAGUUUGGCGUCCGCGCCGCCAUCUUCUUCUCGGCCGCCGCCGUCGCCGGCUCCUUUGGCGGGCUGCUGGCCGCGGCCAUCCAGAGAAUGGACGGCCUCCGCGGCAUCCCCGGCUGGGCCUGGAUCUUCAUCAUCGAGGGCGGCCUGACCAUUGCCAUUGGCCUCGCCUCCUUCUUCAUGGUGCACGACUUCCCCGACGAGGCCCGCUUCCUGACAAAGGACGACCGCGCGCGCGUGCUGCUGCGCCUCAAGCGCGACGGCCAGCACUCGGCCGAGCACGAGGACUUCAAGAUGGCCUACUUCUGGGCCGCCGUCAAGGACUGGAAGACGUACGCCGGCAUGCUCAUCUACAUGGGCCCCCUGAUGCCGCUCUACGCCUUCAGCAUCUUCCUGCCCAGCAUCAUCCAGGCCAUGAGCUUCACCGACAGCACCCAGGUGGUCCGCAACCAGCUGCUGAGCGUGCCGCCCUAUGCCGUCGCCGCCGUGCUGACCGUCGUCGUCGGCUUCUGGUCCGACCGCACGCAGAAGCGCGGCGUCUUCAACGUGGGCUGCGCCGUCGUCGGCAUCACCGGCUUCAUCAUGCUCAUGGCGUCGACGAAGCCGGGCGUGCAGUACUUUGGCACCUUUCUCGGCGCCUGCGGCAUCUACCCGAGCAUCUCCCUGACCAUUGCCUGGGUCGCCAACAACGUCGAGGGCGUCUACAAGCGCGGCAUCGUCCUCGGCUUCGUCAUCGGCUGGGGCAACCUCAACGGCAUCGUCAGCAGCAACAUCUACCGAGACCCGCCGCGCUAUUUCAUCGGCCACGGCACUGUCACCGCCUACCUGGUUGUGUGCAUGCUGGGCGGCAGCCUGCUCAUGUACACCCUGCUGGGCAUCGAGAACAGGAAGCGCAGAAACGGGGAGCGCGACCACUGGGUCGAGGGCAAGACGGUCGCCGAGAUCAACGCCCUCGGUGACAAGCGGCCCGACUUCAUCUACACCCUGUAG